CGUAUGCUCCAGACGCAUACGAUGCUCCAGACCUUUGCACCGUUAAUCUAAUCUAACGCUCACUAUUAUUUCUAAUAAAAUUAAUUAUUUAAUAAAAAUUUUAAUUACUAACAACACUCAUUAUUUUUUUAAACAUGCAAUAUAGUCCUCCAACGAUGUUUUUCAUUAUUUUUGUAUUAUAAUACCAUAACUUUUUCAAUCAUCAUUCGGAACACCCAAAAUUUGUAUUGAUGUCAGGUUAUUCAUUCUCCAUUGAAAAUUGGUUGAUUGCGUUACCCAUAAUUCUCAAGAAAAGCUCCCUUAGGGAAACUUUGAACCUAUAAUUUAUCGCCUACAAUGUAUUCGGAUGAUAGUCUAUCUUUCCAUUCUUUGUGAAAUAUUGGAAUAAAAACUGUAUUUGCUAGAUUUUAUCGUCGGCCGGGUUAUCAUGCUGGGUAAUUUUUCGGUGAUGAGAAUCCUCUCCGACGAUGUGACAGAGCGGCUGGGCAAGAAUCGACAAAUCGAUUGCUAGAAACCCCUAAUUCCGACUCCAGAUCUUCAAUUGCAACAUCCAUGACGCCUAGAACCGUCAUCUUCUCCGAGACCAGAAGCAACAGAGGUUGGUCGAUUCGUUGUUUGCGAUUGAAUUUGGAGGCCGUUGGCGACCUGGUAUCGAUGGGAGCUGACUUGCGGUUUCCAAGAAUUGAAUUCCGCUUCGAAGAUCCACUUCUGGUAUGUGGUAUCGAUUAUCUAAGAGAUUGGAAAAUGGCUGAGGCGGAGGAGACGGCGGCGAUGGAAGAGGCGGCGUUGAGAACUGAGCGAAAAAUUCAAUUUCGCUUUGCGGUGGUGGGUUCCCCAUGGAAACGACGACGAACGAAGCACACAAGUAUCCAUCGAAAUGUCCCUGAAAUUUUCGAUCGAUUCGCUUCCUUGCCUCCCCAGGCGGCAGGCAUGCUCUACCGCAACCCUAGAUCUCUUGCUCUGCAAAUAUAUCCACGGUGGCUGAAUGAAGGGGUAUGAGUGCAAUAUUGAAGUGGAUGGAAUGGCGGCAACGACGGAAUGAAGGGAUGGAACGAUU